GCCAUCGCCCAUCGUCCUGUGUCAUGGCGGUUUGACUUGUUGAAGGUUUUUUUUUUUGCAAUAACUUACCAUUGUUAAUGUGCUUUUUAGUAGUGUGACCUUUAAUUUCAGUGUAUAAAAUCACAUAAUUCAAAAUAGUUAAUAAUGCGCGAAUACAAAAUAGUCGUACUAGGAAGCGGAGGCGUGGGAAAAUCCGCCCUGACAGUACAAUUUGUACAAGGCAUCUUUGUGGAGAAAUACGACCCCACCAUCGAAGACAGCUACCGGAAACAAGUGGAAGUGGACGGACAGCAAUGCAUGCUCGAGAUCCUCGACACGGCGGGCACGGAGCAGUUUACGGCAAUGCGGGACCUAUACAUGAAAAACGGCCAGGGCUUCGUACUGGUUUACUCGAUCACCGCGCAGUCCACGUUCAACGACCUACAGGACCUCCGCGAGCAGAUCCUGCGGGUGAAGGACAAGGACGACGUGCCCAUGGUGCUGGUGGGCAACAAGUGUGACCUGGAGGCGGAGCGCGUUGUGGGCAAACAGCAAGGGGCAAACCUUGCCAACCACUUCAACUGCGUCUUCAUGGAGACGUCUGCGAAGGCGAAGAUAAGUGUCAACGAAGUGUUCUACGACCUAGUGCGACAAAUCAACAAAAAAUCUCCCAAGGAGGAGAAGAUACGGAAGAUCAAAAAGCCCAUAUGUCAACUGCUGUAAGGGACGCGGCGUUACCACCGCACCUAGGUAUUAAAUAUUUAAUAAUUUGAAAGACUUCUCGUACCCGGAUUUGGCUCUUGAUGGUUCCAAAAGUUGACUAGGUUGGGUGAGCGUGGUUGGUUAUUAAAUACCUUGAGCAUUUUGCAAACGUGCAUUUGUUGAGUUAAUGUGGUCCAGUGGUGAGUGGAGAACGCAUCACAGAUCUCACCUCAUCAGCCCCCCUUGACCGGUGUAUAAAGUAGUUUACUACCCUCGGUCUGUGUAUUUAUUAGUGUUUUAUUUGAGGAUGCGCUCGACUCUGUGUGUGUUUUUCCCUCAAGAUUCCAUUUUGUAUAGUGUGAACGAUGCUGUGUUCAGAAGUUUCAAACUUUGAUGUCCUAUCCAACUUGUGAUUUCACUUUACAUAGACGGCUAUAAAAAUAUAAAUAGUGUAUAAAUUUACCUGACUAGAGCUCCUCAAUUUUUUACUUUGUUAGAAUUAACCGGUUUUGCAAAGAUAACACCUGUAUAGUAAUAGUAUUAUUAGAAUUCACGCUUAGUUCAGACAAUGAGUUAGGGUUGUAACACACUAUAACAACUAAAUACUCUGACUCUUAACACUGUCAGCUCCUCAAAGCAGUAAGAGCUGUAUUCUAUAUCCAGGUAUACAUAGUAAGCAGACUGCAAUGAAAGGCCAAAAAUUAUCAAAAUGAGACUACAACCUAGAGGAGUCUUGUUUGUUAUAAUGUAUUAACUGUGAGUCUAAAUCACAUAUAAAAUUGGCAACAAGAUACAAAAAUACAGACUGCUAGAUGGGCAGGUAAUCUAAAACACAUUAGGCAUUAGUAGUCUAAUUUAGAAAAAUAUCCUUUAUCACAUCACUAUAUAAAGCAAACUUUUUAAUGGUUCACUCAUGAGUUGAAUACGUGUUGAGUGGUUAUAGUGUAGUGCCUUAAUUAUAUUGAACAGGAUAAUAAUUAAACGAGUUAUUUGUUUAAUUCUAUGUAGGAAAGACGUGUCCCAAUCUUUGUGGGGUCUGAAGCUUUAAAAGUUUUGCACAAUUUUGCUUUAGUUAAAGUUUAGUUGGUUAAUGAUAUAACAAAGGUGGUUAUAUUGAUUAGUUUUGAAAAGAUGAAUAUAUUAUAGUGUGUGUAAACAGAUGAGAAUGUUGAUACAUUGUUUGUGAGGGCAAUGUAUCAAUAUUUUGUAGUAAAUUUGAUAUGGGUCUGAUAGCGAAUGUUCCUGCGAGUGAUAUUAUAUUGUGCUCAUUUAUUUGUUGUUCUUCUGUCUGAACUAAGCGGACUUGUUAUGAAUAGCAUUUAUUUCAAUGAUUUGAGUUAUAAAACUUCAGAGAGGGCAGGAUGUGAGUUAUUGCUGGCUCUGCGCAGCCCAGGAGUACGUGCCAGCAGGCCUUAACCAGUGUAUAAUGUUUAAUAAUUAAGAAUACAUUAAAUUUUUUCAGAUAUAUUAUUGUCUUGUUAUAUAAUGCAAAUGUAUCGAAGGGAAAGUUGAUGAUGCAACACCAUAUGGGACUCUUAUAACUUUUGAACAAAUACUAGUGAGCCUUAGGUGAGUGCACCCCACCAACAUAGUGUCCAGUGGGCGGCAGCCAGUCGACACAAAUCAGACUACUCUUUGAUGUGAAGUCUACUACUAAAAGUAAAAAAAUUAUCGUUAUUGUAAAUGGGAUAAAGUUUUAUGAUUACUGGCUCAUUGAAUGUGAAUUACCAGCCUGUGUUGCUAUACUAUAAAAAAAAAACUUUGUUGAAGUAAUAAUUAUUAUAAAUAGGUGUUCAAAUAUUGUUACAGUUUAGAUGUUUCUCCUCCAUUUUUUCAUUUCUGUUUUAUAAUAUUAUGUAAGAUUAACUGCACAAGGAUAUUGGUAAAUAACAAUAUGAUCUGAGUUGAAUUAUAUUUUUAUAUAUAUCAUGCAAAUUAAGAACUUGUAUAUUUUUUAUCUUUUCAAUCAAUAAUCGACAUGUACAAUUAAUUUCUCUUUUUUUUUUGCAAAUUUAUCAAUAAAACCAAUUUUAAAUAUUGACAC